AUGCUGUUGAGACCUCUAUUAUCCGUGCUCGCCGCGGCCUCCACCGCUGUCGGGUACGUCGUCAACAACGGCACGGCAUGCUACGUGUACCCAGAGUCCCUAACCCAUUUCGGCGAACCCGUCGACGACACGCCCUCGAUCCUGCAGGCCUUUGAGCUGUGCGGGACCAACGGGUCCGUGAUCCUGACCGAGAACACGUUCCACAUCAACCAGGUCAUGAACACGACGGGCCUGGUCAACUGCGACGUCGAGUUGCACGGCGAGAUGAUCUGGAGCGACAACAUCCCGUACUGGCUGGGCCAUAGUUACUCGGUCGUGUACGCCAACCUGUCGACGGCGUGGUUUUUCGGUGGGGAGAAUGUGACGUUCAAGGGGUUUGGGAAGGGUCGGUUCAACGGGAACGGCCAAGCAUGGUACAACGAGAACCGCAACAACAGCAACCAACCGGGCCGCCCCAUCGCCUUCACCAUCCUCAACGCAAAGAACCUCUGGAUGGACGGCGUGUCGUGGAGCCAGGCGCAGUUCUGGCACUCGUUCAUCUCGCACUCGCAAAACGUCAGCAUGUCCAAUAUCUACAUGAACUCGACGAGCAACAACACGUGGUUCACGGUCAACACGGACGGGACCGACACGUGGAAUUCCAGGGAUGUGUUUUAUACGAACUGGACUGUGUUGGGAGGCGACGACUGCAUCGCCAUCAAGGGCAACAGCACCAACAUCGUCUCCCGCAACAUCACCUGCUACCGCACGCACGGCAUGCCCAUCGGCUCCGUCGGCCAACAGCCCGGCCACCCGGACUUCGUGCAGGACAUUGUCUACGAGGACGUGCGCCUGAUCAACUCGACCAACGGCGCGUGGAUCAAGGCGUGGCAGGGCCGGUCGCAGGCCGUGACGAACAACGGCGGCAGCGGCGGCGGAGGCGGAGGCUUCAUCAAGAACGUCACUUUUCGGAACUUUGUGCUCGAGAACGUCGGCCAGCCGAUCAGUAUCACGCAGUGUGUCUACGGGCAUGAUCCGAGCGUGUGUGACACGAGCGAGCUCCAAAUCUCCGACGUGACCUGGCAAAACAUCACGGGCACGUCGCACUUCGACGUCGCCUCCAUCAUCCACUGCUCGCCGCUCGUGCCGUGCCCGGGCCUGAAGUUCAUCGACGUCAACAUCACCACGGUCAACGCGUCCCUCGGCCGGCCCAGCUUGCCGCAGGUCAACCUGUGCGCGAACAUGGUGGACCAGAACGUCACGACGGGCGACAACGCCACGGGCAUCCCCUGCCACGGGUUCGCGCCCAACGACAUGCCCAACGUGCUCUACAGGAACUGGCCCGAGCUGUUGCAGAGGGUCAUACUCAGUGUCACCGUGCCCGAGGCGCAGCGGGACAAUUGUCUGCAUCCGGGGCCGGAUCCCGCGGCGGCGGGGUGUGCUCCGCCUCCGUAUUGA